UCUAACCUGGUGUCUCUAACCUGGUGUCUCUGGGCUCCAGCGGCGGUGAAGGUGAGCAUCAGUGACCCCAGCGUGGAGGUAGUCCAGGGGGACUUUGUGCUGCUGCCCUGCUCCUUCACCACCACCACACCCCUGACCCGACUCAACAUCAUCUGGACCCUGACCCCCUUCUCCAGCCCGAUGACCCCCAUACAGGUGAUCGUCUAUGACCACGGUCAGGUGAUCGAGGACCCCUCCCUCCUUGGACGAGUGGGCUUUACAGGCAUCCCCUGGAAGGCAGACAUCGUCCUGAACGACACGCAGGGGUCUGACGCCGGGGUGUACCACUGUGUGGUCAACAACCCCCCGGAGACCGGAGAGCAGGGGAUAGAGGAGCUGGUCCUGGAUGUGCUGGUGCCCCCGUCCCUGCCCGUGUGCCAGUGGGAGGGGGUGGUGGAGGUGGGGGGCAGGGUGACCCUGUCCUGCAGCGUGGCGGGGGGCCGCCCCACCCCAGAGCUCCAGUGGCACAAGAUGGAGCCCGAGCGGAUCACGCUGCCCAUCAACAUGGACGGAGACAUGUCCGGCUGGGUGCAGAUCGCCAACGUCUCCUCCCAGACGUCCGGUCUGUACCGCUGCUCCGCCUCCAACAAGCUGCACACACAGAGCUGCUACAUCAACCUGUCCGUCUACACCCCUGCGCCCGCCGCUUCCACGGGCAUCCUGCAGGGGGUGCUGCUGAGCCUGUCCAUGAGCCUGCUGCUGACGGCGCUAGUGCUGCUGCUGGCCUGGCUCCGCCGCAGUGGGCAGGACGGCCGGAGGAGAGGGGCCUCGGAGGAGUCCUGUUACAACGAGAUACGAUACACCCCCUCUCUGAUGAAGCGCUCGUUUGUCUGAUAAGUAACUAGAGAAAGAUCUCCGUUAAGAGAUGUAUAUAUUCUUUUUUUUUUAACUGCGAAUGCGUUUAGCCCCUACCCUAUUGGUCUUCUGCUUUGCUGAAUUGGGGGACUUUAGAUGACUGUUUGUCCGCUGUUCCUUCAGGUCAAAUAAAUAAUAAAAAAAC